UCCUGCUCAUCAAUAUUCAUGAGAAGAUGGUCUCUCUUAUCACCCACUUGACAGCGGCUUGAUAGACACGACAGACGAGCUGAUCAGUUUGUUUUAAAAACUGAGAAAAAUCGAAGUCAUCGAAUCAGUCUCGGAUAAUCGCCACUGACUGAUGGGUCCUGUCGUCAACUCGGACGUGUGAAUUCCAUCAACCUCUCUGACAAACGAAUUGGAAAAAAAUGACGGCCGAAUUUACUAGCGAUGUUCCUGAUGGCGAUGAUACCACACGGAAAAGUACCUCAAGUGGGGGACUGAAGACGGAAUACGGUAUCUUGUUGCCGGGAGAAUCAAGUUCUCCGUCUCCUGAACCUCCGAGUGACGGGGAUGGUGGCCGGGAAGAUUUACCGUACCGUGAGAGGUACGGUAGUACCGGUAGCAGCGGCAUACUCUACCCACAAAAACGGCGAUUUGCCGACGUGAAACCUCCUUACUCCUACAUCGCCCUAAUAACCAUGUCGAUACAGAACUCCAAAGACGGGAUGGUAACGCUCAACGAUGUCUACUCAUUCAUCAUGGACAAGUUUCCUUACUUCCGAGAGAACCAACAGCGUUGGCAGAACUCCAUCCGCCACAACCUGUCGCUGAAUGACUGUUUCAUCAAGAUACCGCGUGCGCCUGGCCGACCGGGGAAAGGCAACUACUGGGCGAUGCAUCCGGACUGCGGCGACAUGUUCAGCAACGGGAGCUUUCUGCGGCGGGCUAAACGCUUCAAAGUGAGUAAACGGAGGAACGAACCGGCACAGAUACAACACGUGAAUUCCUACGGACACUUCAGCCUGUAUGCGCCGGGCUACCCAGCCACCGCGUAUCGCAGGGACCCGACGGUAAACUCUUACCCAUCUCACUACCAGUCGAGUCUCCAACAUCAGUCAAGACAAUACUCAUCUUCUUAUGAAUCUUUCACUGACUCUUCCUGGACCACUCCGACUUCUCCCAGCCAGGCCUACUGCGGUGCUGCUUCCUACUACCCUUCCACGGCGAUCGCACCGAGCACUGGCUACCUGUCCGCCGGGGGAAUGUCGGCCGUGCAAACAUCGCAUCACGCAGCGGCAUCUCUGUCAUCUUAUCCCGCUCUACAGCAAACAUACGGGUCCAGUUCAUGUUGUCAGAUGGGACGAAGAAUUCCACAACAUUCUUUUUAAAAACCAAGCUGGCCUUAAAUGAAGAACAUUUGAAAAGUAAAAUUACUUAGGAACUUCAGAGGUGAGGUUAAAAUCUUCCCCCAACAAAUUGUUUUUCAAAGGCAUUUGUCGUAAUUAUAUAAGCAGAUAUGUUUUUAAUAAAUGAAAGUAUUAAUAUUAUUGUUCAUGCAAAAUUGAAAAAUUCAAAUUAAUUUACAGUGUUAACAAACAAACGUUCCCACACACGGGCCUCAGUGAAAAAAUGGUCUAAAAGUUAUUGCUCAGGAACUCCUAAGUUGAGGUUAGAAUCUUUAAAACAUAAAUAUACGUACAAAAGCAUAUUUGUUGUUCUUAAACAAGAACAGCUUUCGGGAAAAUAAAACGUUACGAAACAUACUUUAAUGAAGAUACAAUUGUUCAACUAAAUACACGAUAUAUACCCCCUAAAAUUGUUCUGCGAAUAGGUCUUUAUUUUGCCAAAGGUGGUCUUUCCGACUUAUAAAGGUUAACACUGGUUAUUACGUUUAGAAUUUUGAUGUGAAUACACAAAUGUGUCCUUCCUUUUCCAAACAUAUAUUUUAUGGGGGUCAUGAUAUCGCGAGGCUUAGCCUACUUUAAAUUUGGUGGGAUCCUAACAUGCGCUAUUCUUUCGGUGCGCACGCUUUGACCCGACUACCGAGUGGUCGGCUGGUCAAUUUGUAAUUUCCAUCUUUAUUUAUAAGACGUUUUCUUUCAUAUGUAAUGUCGUCCAUGGUCAACAUCCCACAGCAGUGUAUUACUUUUGUUUUGCAUGCUUUAUACUGAUGCGUUUAUUUGUCUCAUUUUGAAUCCUUAAAAGGAAUUUAUAGGUUAAUAUCAACACCAAACGGAAGCCUUUCCUGUUACGAAAGUUCCGCUUUCCUUUCAUACCACCGUACGAUAAAUGAUAAGUGCACAGUGUUUGAACAAAUUAAGUAAGUUUUGUCACCGUAGACAUUUUGAACAUCGUCCUUUUUCAUGAAUUGUUCCCUCAUAUCAUUCGUGCAUCUUGAACUUCAUUCUGUCAUUUUGUCUUUUCAAAAGCAUUCGGAAAACAGCUGUUAACGUAAAUCGGAACUGUGAUCGUCAUGCUUUAAACUCAUCAAUAUUACGUUAUGAUUUUUGUGUACGGUUUUUCCCCUUUCUUGAUUAUACUCUUCACUUUGAAAUUGAGUUGGGUUUGAUUUUUUUGUGUGUGUGACAAACGUAACUGUAGCAUCUCCAGUUCAGAAGCAACCUUUGCAUAGUUGCUUGUGUAAUUGGUCUCAAGGUUUUGACGAUACGUAAAUAUAGUUCUUUUAGAACCAACAGAUUUGGACUAUAUAAGGAUUCGGAGUGCAUGGAUAUGUAAAUAUUAUAAAACCUGUAAAUAUUUGAUUGCAAUGAAACAACUCCUUCAAUUAUUAACAAUCUUUAGAUUUUGACUAACAGAAAUAUAAUUUUAAGGCUGAUAACUUCUGUGCUGAAAAUUCAUUCUUUAGAAUGAGCUGUAACAAUUAAUGCUGGUAAUCUUCUAUAUGUUUUGUUACAUUUUGUUUUGAUUUAAAGUAAUUUUCCUUUUCCGGGUUAAAAUGAAAGAGCAAACAUUGCAGUGUUUAUUCCUCGCUCCGAUCCACAUAGGAGACUAUUUAAUGACGAUACUAGUAGUGUAUGGUUCUCUCACUCUGCUCAACAAAGUAACCGGAGUUCUAGAGUCUGUGAAUUUCACAAAUAUCCUAAGUCUUUCAAGAUAACCGUUUUCAUUUUGGUACAGAAUUGAAAUAAACUAUUGAAAACACACAACUA